GGCUGUUUUGAGUGGUAACGUUGCAAGUCCUCGAGAGGUUACACUACAGCCAGUGACCUACGUAAGUGACAGUCCAGUACGUGUGUCUGAUGCCCCCAUGUCAUUCCGAGGAAGAAAGAGACUAAGCGAACAAAGUAUUCCACAUGAUGUCAAGCGGCAUCGAUUGCAUUUACAUCAUUCUGAAACAGCUGUAGUUAAACAAGCAGUGCCUUUACCGGAAGAAUGUAGAUACUCCUUUCCAGGAUCAGUUCAAUCUCCACUGUUCCUUGCACAUCACGUACCAGAUUUAACUGGAUGUGUACCUCUGGUUAGAUAUUCUUUGUUUCCAGAACCUACAGAAACCACUUUCUCUGUGUCCAAAGAUAAGUUAAGUCAGCAAGUUUUGGAGUUAUUUCAAGCAUGUCAGCAACAGACCUGUGAUUUGCACAAAAAAGAGAUCUGCAGAACACAACUCCAGAGAGAAAUUCAGCGAAUUUUUCCACACAGCAGACUCUUUUUGGUUGGAUCCUCCCUGAAUGGAUUUGGUACUCGUAGCAGUGAUGGUGACUUGUGCCUGGUGAUUAAAGAAGAACCAGUGAAUCAGAAGACUGAAGCAAGAAAUGUACUCAGCUUAGUCCAAAAACUCUUCAGCACUAAACUUUCAACCUACAUUGAGAGACCUCAGCUGAUUCGAGCAAAAGUGCCAAUAGUGAGGUUCAGGGAUAAAGUCAGCUGUGUGGAGUUUGACUUGAAUGUAAACAGUGUUGUGGGAAUAAGAAAUACAUUCCUUCUGAGAACCUAUGCAUACA